GCAGUGCGAGUUCGUUCGUAGUCACGUCAAAACUGCAACACGAUUUUAUACCGACAAAUUACUAUGUAAAGGUGUGUUAUUAAGUUUUUGAAAUCUAGUGCAACGAUACGAAUGUCAUAAGUCUUGAUUUUUAAAUAUUCAAUAUAUCACGACGGCACGCGAUAACGCCGAAAAAACGCCGGGAAUUUCGCUCAACUCAGUUUAGUGCUAAAUUUUACAAGGGUCGCCAUUUUGUCCGGAGAAGCCCGGUCGGGUGAAUGUGAAAAGGGUGAAAAAGUAGGCGCACUGUGGUCACACAGUAACAUUCAAGUCGCGUAGAUAAUGUAGGUAUAGAUAUUUAAUGUCAGUGAAUGAGCUAAAUGCUUGUUGGCGGUGCGACACUCUUAGACCAAGAAAUUUUAGAGACUUUGGAGAAAAGUAAAGAUAAUACAUAGAAUGACGAUCGCUACAAGAGGCCAAGGGGGAGUCGACAUCGAUCCUUCCGAAAGCCAGCAGAAUCCACAGAUGCAUGGUCCACCGAGUUCACAGGAAUUGGUAGAGACAAUGUCUGGCCUUCAGUUAACCGAGACAACAAUAAAAACCGAGAGUGCAGGCGAGAUUGGCACCUCCGCCGAGGAGGGAAAUCAACAACGUUCGGAGCCCGAUUUCCCACACGCAAAGCUCGCAACUUUAGAUGAAAAAAUAUCUAGUCCGAGAUGGGUUGUGCCAGUUUUACCUGAACAAGAAUUAGAAUGCUUACUUCAAGCUAGCAUCGAUCUCUGUAAAAAGGGAAUUGACGUACAGAGCGAAGCUUGUCAGCGCUUUUUUCGUGAGGGACUCACUAUUUCAUUCACCAAGAUUCUCACAGACGAUGCAGUCAACAGCUGGAAAAUGAAUAUUCAUAAUUGCAUUAAUGCAAACUGCGAACGUUUAGUGGAACUUUGCGUUUUAAAAUUGGAUGAGGACUGGUUUCCUCUUCUUGAUCUUCUCGCAAUGGUCUUUAAUCCAAAUAACAAAUUUCAUACUUUUAAUGCAUCGAGAGGAUCAGAAACGGUUCCUCCAGGUAGCAAUAUUCCUGACGAGAAACUUUACGCCCGGCCCCCUUCAGAUUCCAGAAAUCCUCGUGGUUGGCUCGUAGAUCUAAUAAAUAGAUUCGGUUCACUGAAUGGCUUUACCAUAUUGCUGAAAAGAUUUCAAAGUGGUCGAAAUUUGACGGUACCGGUUAUAUUUACAUUACUGCGACCAUUUGGCCUUUGUCAUGAAUUUCUGACGGUACACACAAUAGAGAAAUACUUGAUGCCCAUUAUUGAAAUGGUGCCGGUUAUUUUGGACAAUCUAACAGACGAGGAACUUAAGAAGGAAGCGAAAAAGGAAUCUAAUAACGAUGCGAUAUCAGCGAUAAUUAAAGGCACUAAAUGCUUGGUGUCACGUGUUCCACAUCAAGAAGAUAUGAUUAAAAAUCUUGAAAUAUUAAGACUGAAAAUGAUUUUAAGGCUUUUGCAAAUUUCCUCGUUUAAUGGAAAAAUGAAUGCUUUAAAUGAAGUUAAUAAAGUGAUUGCCAGUGUCAGUUAUUAUCCACAUCGUAAUCCUUCGCUGGAGGAAGAGGAAUGGCUAACUGCGGAACGCAUGGCGAAAUGGAUUAAAGAUAAUUCAGUACUGGAGAUAGUUCUCAGGGACUCAUUACAUCAACCGCAGUACGUAGAAAAAUUGGAGAAAAUUUUACGUUUUAUUAUAAAGGAGCGAGCACUUACUUUGCAAGAUUUAGAUGCAGUUUGGGCUGCUCAAGCUGGAAAACACGAAGCAAUUGUUAAAAAUGUGCAUGACUUAUUGGCAAAGUUGGCAUGGGAUUUCAGUCCUGAACAGCUAGAUCAUCUCUUUGAAUGUUUUCAGUCGAGUUGGAGGACUGCCAAUAAAAAGCAAAGAGAGAAGCUGUUAGAGCUGAUUCGUAGACUGGCUGAAGAUGAUAAGGAUGGUGUUAUGGCACAUAAGGUCUUGAUGCUCUUUUGGAAUUUAGCUCAUUCCGAUGAAGUUCCAACUGAAAUUAUGGAUCAGGCGUUAAAUGCCCAUGUGAAGAUUUUAGAUUAUUCUUGCUCGCAGGAGCGCGAUGCGCAGAAAACAACUUGGCUCGAUAAAUGUGUGGAAGAAUUGAAAAGCGGCGAUAAAUGGGCACUUCCGGCUUUGAAACAAAUUCGCGAGAUUUGCUGUUUAUAUGAGCCUAAUCCAAACAUGGGACACAGUCAACGAAGUCAUCAUGCAUUUUACAGACAAGAAGUGAUAGAACGCCUACAAAAUCAGCACACGGUUGUAAUUCUAGUAACCAAUAGUUUGACAUCUUAUAUGGAAAAAGUGAGGCAGCUGGUGAAAGAAAAUCCAGAAAUUGAUGCUAAUACUUUUAUGCCCGAUAAUCGAUAUAACCACAUAAUGCAAGUUCAAGAGAGACUCAACUUUUUAAGAUUUCUUUUGAAGGAUGGACAAUUAUGGUUAUGUGCUGAACAGGCGAAACAAAUUUGGCAAUGUUUGGCAAAACAGGCGGUAUUCACGUCCGAUCGUGAAGCUUGUUUCAAAUGGUUUUCGAAAUUGAUGGGCGAUGAACCGGACUUGGAUCCUUCGAUCAAUAAAGAAUUUUUCGAGAACAAUAUUCUUCAAUUGGAUCCAAUAUUAUUGACCGAAAGUGGUAUUAAGUGUUUUGAGAGAUUUUUCAAAGCGGUCAAUUCAAAGGAAGGUAAAUUGAAAUUAAAGAGAAGAACAUUUCUCAUGGAUGAUGUGGAUUUAAUAGGCACUGAAUAUCUUUGGCGUGUUGUUACUAAUAGUCCAGAGGAAAUAGCAAAUCGAGGAAUUGAAUUAUUGAAGGAGGUUAAUACAAAUUUAGGACCAAGAUUGCAAUCGUCGAUACUUGCAUUUCACGAAUCUUACAUUGCCGAGUGUAUGGAUCGUUUAAAAGUUCAUUUUGACGCUGUUUCAAUAUUAAAUAAACAUUUUCUCGAUGGUAAGGACGAUCGUUUAGAGCAACGUGUCACUGAAAUUAAAAUGGAAGCUAUGAAAAUGUGUCGUGUUAUGAAAGUUCUACAGGAAUAUAUUAAUGAAUGUGAUACGGCAUUUACUGGUGAGAGGAAAAUUUUACCAUUGCAUCGCGCUGCUCGUGGUAAGAAUCUCACGCUUACUAUUCGAUUUGUUAAUCCCGGUAGAAGUACGGAUGACGUUGAUAUUCUCACGCACAGUAAUGAUACAUUGGCAUCAUUGAGAAGGCAAAUAUUGCGAAGAAUCAAGGCAAGUGGCUCAAAUGUGAAACUCGAUUUAUUCAUAAAUGGCGAAUCAUUGGAACAGGCUGAUGAUCGUAAACUUCUUUCACAAAUUCCCCUACGCGAUAAAACGACACUUUCGGCAAAAUUGAGUCAAGUGAAUACAAAUGUUCCGAGUUCGCCCGACAGUAGUUCGGAUAGUUCGACAAGUUCGCCUUACGAUGCACCGAAUUUGGGAGCGGAAAAUAAUUUACCCGGUGUUGUUAUGUCACAGAGAUCGCAGUACGCGACAUUUUUCUUUCAACUCGCCGAUUUGGGUUGUGAUCUUCAGUUAGCUCAAUUGCGCGAUGGUGCGAGAAAUUUAUUGCAAUUGGUACCGCCCGACACACUCACUGUCACACGAUUACAAUGGUUCUUCAGUCAUUAUUUGGAUAAUGAACCGUCGCAAAAUUCCCAUUGCAAUGAACAAGCAACGAGUGUUGAUACUUUAUUUUUUACCGCGAGUCCCAGUCAAGUUUUGUACAAUUUAGAAGUUCUCUAUACACUAUUAAUGCCUGCCUUGGAUCCAAUGUCAGAGAGGGCACGACAAUUUCAGAAUAAUUUUAUAAAAAGUGGCGAGGCCGGGGUUAUUCUUGAAAUGCUUACGAAAAAUAAAUUUCUACCAAAUGCCGAUGAGACAACAAAAAGAUCGGCUUAUCUCACUGUUUUGAAAUUAUGUAAAUUACUAUUAACUGUUAUUAGUAAUGUUAUGGUAUUUGCACUUGACGAUGAAGAUGAGACAAAUUUUUCUGAGAAUCGUGAACGUGAUCAUCAAUUUUUGAGACAUAAGCAAGCAAUUGCAGUUUUGAAACAAUCAUUGCAAAAUGUGCCGAAUCACAAUACGGAAUAUAUGCUGAGAAAUGUUGCUGCAAGUUUGGCGGAAUUAUUGGCGAUUAAAAUGAUAAAUCGCAAUUUAGGAACUGAGAGAUGUCAACAAUUAUUUAAGCAGGCUAUUAAAUGGGAAUUGCCAGAUAUCGCUACUAUUCGAGCGAUAAUACGUCUCGCCUGGGCGGCAUCAACGGGAAAUUUAAAUAAUAUCAAUGCGUCCACUGAGGAUCUUCACGCUCAACAUGAAAUCAAUCAAAGGGAGCAACGAUCGCCGGAUAACAAUGACGUACUAGUUUGCAAGGAGGCUCUGGAAGUAUUGACAAUAGCCCUUGUUCUUAAUCCAACGGCAUUGGAAACAUUGACGAAUGUUGAACGAAUGUGGCAGACGUUUUUCAUUGACAUGGUCUUAUUGAGUACAUCGCGAGUAGUUCGAAUAGCGGCGGCCGAACAAUUUCUCAUGAUAUCAACAUUGUGUAGCAGUGGAAAUCAACCGCUACUGUUUGCCAUCACUCUUCUCUUUACUGUUCUAAAGACAACAGUCAUGGAAAAUGCAAAGCAAAGUCACGAGUAUUUUCAACUUUUGUGUCGUUUGCUCAAUUAUGCCGAUAUGUCAUCAUGUCCAAUCACAACUGUUGAGAAUCUUUUGAAUAUCGAAAUUAUUUGGCUGAAGAAUAUUCGUGACAAUGUCAAAGAAACCGGUGACACUCAAGUCGACGAAGCCGUUCUUGAGGGUCAUCUUGGAAUCACCAAGGAAUUAUUCUCCUUUUUACCUCCCAGCAAGAAAUUCGAACUCGGGUCGGACGAAACUCGAGGCAUUAAUUUAAUAAAAGAACUCGUUGAGGAUUUUAUAUUUCCAGCUUCGCGUUCGAUGCUACAAUUACGAAGUACGGGAGAAUUAAAUAGAUCGCAGGCGUGUCCGGUUUGCACGACACCGCAAACAACAAAUGCCGCAUUUGAUUUACUCGUUAGCCUUUGUUUCGGCUGUGUUCCAAAUAUGAAACUUCUAGUCACAAUGCUCACUGAGAUGUUUUAUUCCGAGAAGGAUGAGCCAUUAUCAGAGUGGGAUUAUAUGCCGCCAGUGGGACCGAGGCCAAUGAAGGGUUUUGUUGGUCUUAAAAAUGCUGGUGCAACAUGUUACAUGAAUUCUGUAUUACAACAACUCUAUAUGGUUGAGAGCAUUCGAAUUGGACUUUUAGCGGCCGAGGGUGCUGCGAUUGAUUUAAAUGAAGAUUUCUCAGGCGAGGAGAGAAUUGAGAGCGAUCAGACAAUCGAGACAAAUGACAAUGACACCAAUGAAGAAAAGUGCGGUGCCGAUGAAUCGCGUAAAGAGUACAAUAUUGGAAUUCUCAAGCAAGUUCAGGCCAUUUUCGGACACUUGGCCUACAGCAAACUUCAAUAUUAUAUACCUCGUGGCCUUUGGAAACAUUUUAAACUUCAAGGUGAACCCGUUAAUCUUAGAGAACAGCAGGACGCAGUAGAAUUUUUUAUGAGUCUAGUAGAGAGUUUAGAUGAGGCAUUGAAAGCCCUGGGACAUGAACAAAUAAUGGGAAAAAUACUCGGUGGUUCUUACAGUGAUCAGAAAAUUUGUAAAGGCUGCCCUCAUAGAUAUUCUAAAGAAGAACCCUUUAGCGUAAUAAGUGUCGAUAUUAGAAAUCACUCCAAUUUAUUAGAUUCCUUAGAGCAGUACGUGAAAGGAGAACUUCUUGAGGGCGCGGACGCUUAUCAUUGUGAUAAGUGUAAUAAAAAAGUUGUGACUGUGAAGAGGUUGUGCGUCAAGAAACUACCACCAGUGUUAGCAAUUCAAUUGAAAAGAUUCGAGUACGAUUUCGAACGUGUUUGCGCGAUUAAAUUUAAUGAUUAUUUUGAGUUUCCGCGGGACUUGGAUAUGGAACCUUAUACUGUUUCGGGUCUUGCAAAACUCGAAGGAGAGGUAAUAGACUACGAUUAUGAAGAGGCGGCUAAAGGAACUUGUACAAAGUACCAAUUAAGCGGUAUCGUCGUUCAUAGUGGACAAGCCAGCGGAGGCCAUUAUUAUUCUUACAUUUUACAUAGACAAAACGACGGCACAGCCAAAUGGUAUAAAUUUGACGACGGCGAUGUGAUGGAGUGUAAAAUGGAAGAAGAGGAAGAAAUGAAAUCGCAAUGUUUCGGUGGUGAUUAUAUGGGAGAGGUUUUUGAUCAUAUGCUGAAAAAAAUGAGUUACAGAAGGCAGAAGCGAUGGUGGAAUGCCUAUAUGCUUUUUUAUACGAGACUAGACGUGGAACCAAACUGCCUUACGAAAAGUGUUAACGAAUUGUCUCUUUAUACUAAAUUAGGAGUAACAAAAAUGCCACCAGCAAUCGAGUACAGUGUUAGAAAACAAAAUAUCAAAUUCAUGCACAACAGGAAUCAAUUUAAUUCCGAGUAUUUUCAAUUUAUUAGGAAACUUGUUUCAUGCAAUACGGCCAUUAACAGACAAAGUCCCAAUGAUAAACUGACUCCCGAAGGUGAGGAAUUAGAUAUGCUCUCUGUUCAAUUGGAGUCGAGGUUCCUCUUCUACACGGGUUUCCAUACCAAAAAAAUUUUACGUGGCAAUGCAAUCGAGUGGUACGAUAUUUUGUAUCAUCAUUUGAGACAAAGUAAAGAUGCUCGAGCAUGGUUUGCUCACAAUAUUCUGUUCAGUCAUCCACAUAGAUUUUGCGAAUAUCUUUUGAGUUGUCCGAGUACUGAAGUGAGAACAGCUUUCUUGAAGACAAUCGUUUUAUUAGCACACUUUUCACUUAAAGACGGCCCAUGCGGUCCACCUAUUCUCAAUGCACCUUCAAUACUCUACGAUCCGAAUGCAACAUUGAGCGAUCAUCUAUUGCAUUCAGUGCUCUCGCUACUGCAUCGAGAGAUUUCCGAUCAUGGACGUCAUUUGCCACAUUAUUUCUCGUUUUUCCACAUAUACGCCACACUUGGAUUAGAGGAGAAGGCGCAACUUCUCAAGCUUAACGUGCCAGUAACGUUUAUGUUGGUGGCAAUUGAUGAAGGUCCAGGUCCGACAAUAAAAUAUCAAUAUCCUGAAUUAACGAAACUUCAUCAAGUUGUCAGCAUGCUUAUUCGUUGCUGUGAUGUGUCUUCAAAAACAAGAUCGAGUCAAAAUGCAAUGCCUCUACCGAAUCCAUAUGGCGAUAAGGAUUGUCAACCGGAAUAUAUUAUGCCAAUUCAAUCGCAAGCUGAGGAAAUUCUCUUCUCAAGAACCAGCUAUAUUAAGAAAUUAAUUGAAGACGCAAAUGUGACGGAAGAUACAGUAAAGCUUCUGCAAUAUUGUUGUUGGGAAAAUCCACACUUGUCACGAUCGGUUUUAAGUGAAUUACUUUGGCAAAUUGGAUUUGCUUAUACACACGAAUUGAGACAUCAUACGGAUCUUCUUCUUGCAAUGCUACUCAUGGAGGACUCCUGGCAAAAUCACAGAGUUCACAAUGCUCUCAAAGGCGUUCCCGAUGAACGAGAAGGUUUAUUCGAAACUAUUCAGAGAAGUAAAAAUCACUAUCAAAAGCGUGCAUAUCAAUGUAUCAAGUGCAUGGUUCAAUUAUUUAGUAAAUGCAGACCAGCGCACGCUGUUCUUCAGGGACAUCCGGACUUGAAAAGAAAAUGGGUUCAUGCUAUUGACUGGCUUCAGGAUGAACUCGAUAAGCAGAGACCAUAUACGUCGGCAGCACCUUAUACACACGCUUACAAUCAUGGCUGGUCACCGCCAACGCAAUCGAAUGAAUCGACGAAUGGAUAUUUUUUAGAGCGCAGUAACAGCGCGAAGAAAACAUUAGAGCGAGCUUUCGAACUUUGUCCGGAGGACGAGCAAGAGGUUGAGGAGCCAAAUGAGGAAUGCGUCGAGGAGACGACGGAGAGAACAAGGGAGACUGAACAAAAUCGAGAACUACGAAUUCAGUUUGAUCCAAAGAAUUUCCGUGGUGGUGAUAAUACGGAGAAUGAAAUAAGUCAUAGAGAGCAAUUAUUUAAAUUUGAUUCGAAAAAUUAUUGCACUGAAUCGGAGGGCGAAAGAAGUCAAGAUCCACAUUGUGUUGGCAUUAAUUAUCGUGCCGGUGAAUCGAGCGAGGAAUCGGAGGGAGAACAAAUUAUGACAAUAAGACAGUCGAAGGAUAAAAUUAAACGACGUUAUGCCGUAAAAACAAGAUUUGAAAUUAAAGUGAUCGAGAAGGAAAGAAUGCAGAAGAAUCAAGAGCAAUCGCAACCAGGACCGUCGCCGAUUCACAAAACAUUCUCUCAUCCGCCUCCAAGUUGUGAGUCAGCCCAAUGGGAAAGAACAUCUAUUGAUUGAACUUGAUAAAUAUUUUCUACCGAAGGAGGAAUUGGUUAACACUUCGAAAUAUUGAUGGGGAAACGGACACCAAUGGUAACGUAUCUCUUGUGCUGUGUAUAAAAAAAAACAAAAAACAAAUUCACCUGUGUUUAUUGAUAUAUACGAGAUCCCGGGAAAUCUCUCGCGAAAAAAACUGACUUCAAUUUUAAAAGGAGAGCAAAGAAAGAAAGAAAAGAAAAGGUUGUAUAAAUGUAUAGCGAACAGUGUUAAAAUCCCAUGAGUAGGAAGGACUAAAUAAGCACGAUUCUCCGUACACUUAUGUAAAUGUGAAUAUAUUGUUAUUAAAAUAAAUACUUGAAUAGAUUUUCUAAAUAUCUUAAAAAAAAGCCAGGCCAAAGUGAACCGAAUGCUAUUGGCCUCUUUGAUAAAGAAAAAAAAAGCACCGCUUUAUUGCCGUAGCACUCGAAUAAACUAAUAAUUAUCUUCUAACUGAAACAAACACAAACCGAAAAUAAAUAAAUAAAUCACCGUCAAUUUUGUACUUAAAAAAAACAAUAGGGUCAGUUCGAAAAAAUUUUCCUUCGAAAAUGGCAUUUCUUCGUGUUUUCUACCUUUUUUUUAAAAUUUCUUUUCUUUCGAGACGGCGCGAGAGUUGGUCAGAAGGUUGUUGAGAAUUUAAAUUUUAUCCAAGAAAACAAGAUUAAGUCGAGAGACAGUCGAGAAAAGGAAAAAAAUAAUUUCUAUCGUUUUAUUAAUCUGCGUUUUUAGAAGUGAGGGGGGGAAAAAAUAAUGUUGUUACCGGAGCUGUGGUAAAAAAAAAACAUUUUUGUCGACUGUCAACCAUGGCUCUGAUUUAAUUUAUAACGUAUGUUAUAUAUAGAUAUAUAAAUAUAUAAGAAUCAUGAAAAAACGAAGAAGUCAUGUAUUGUAAUAUUUACUGAAAAAAAGGCAAAGUGAAACGUAUAAAAAAAAGUUCGUACUGAUUUGGACCAAAAAGAAAGUCAUCUAAAAAAAAAACAACAACACCAGGAAUAAACGAACCAUUAUUUCAAUUGCUACGCAUUAGUUAUCGAUAUCGAGAAAGCCUCAUUUCGAUAUAUAUGUAAAUACACAACCGCUUUUUAUAUGUGAUAAAAAAAGGAAAAAAAACCGAUAAUUAUAUUAUUAAAAAAAAAAAUGACGAGAAGAGGUGGUAUAUCCUGGUUUUUGUACUAAGUUCUCUCGUUAAUUAUGUGGAGAGACAAAAAAAAAUAAUAAAUGAGUGAGAGAGAAUAUGAUAUUAGAGCGAUAGUGAGCGAGAGAGAUUAUUUAAUAUUUAAAAAAGGUAAAGGCGAGAAACCUUGUGUCAUGAAAAACUAGUGUCAUUUUCUUAUGCCUUAGAAAUUAGUCUAACGGGAAAAAAAGAAUUUAAAGAAUUGUGACUUUGAAAAUGAAUCACAAAAUAUCCGCAAGGAAUGCCAGAUCGAAAGGAAUUUUACCCGAUAAAGCGACGAAAAAAGAGAGAAAGAGUGGAAAAAUUGUGCUGUUUCAGCGAGAGAUUUUUUUUUAAUUUUUUUGAUUGCUGGGACGAGUAGAAAACAACGGAGAAAAAAGAAUGAAAUGAAAUUAUGACGAAGAGCGAUGUGAAAGGCAAAUAAGUUGAGGUCAUUUUCUCCUUUCCUCUAGUCAAUCUCCGAAUAAGUUGAUUUUGGUACAAAGUUUAAAAUAGUAAAACGCCAUUCCAACUUAUUUGCCUUUCGAAAAUGAUUUUAAAGUGCCGUUUUUCUUUUUUUUCGAGAGAGAGAAAGAGUAAGAGAGAGAGUUCGCAAUUCUUUACUAAAAAUCGUAUAUUAAAAUAUUCUAAAUCAAUUGAAAAAAAAGAUUUUUUCCGUUAUUUUAAUUUAGUCGAAAAAUUGUGCGAUUUUUGUAAAAUUUGCAAGAAAAUGACAAUGAAAGAGUGACACUUGUGUCAUUAUUUUUAUUAUUGUAAAUAAAAAAAAAGUUGUAUGAACGGAAAAUUAUCGAAAAUUAUGACUCUCCACGAAAGCUCUUUCGUUCCAUCGCAGCAUUUCGAUUGCGAAUGACUAGUCUUUUUUUGUCUACUUGAUAAUCCUCGAUCAUCACUUACAAGACUUUUUAUAAUAUCGAUGCGAAUCUACAAAAAGAAAGAAAGAAAGAAAGAAAGAAAGAAAAAGAAGCUCAAGAGGGAAAAAAACUUCGAGGUUUCCAAAUUUGCUUUUUUGUUAUACUUCUGAUCAAUUGUUUUCAAGUUUGGAAAUUGUUUUCAAGUGCAAAUGUAAUUUUCAAGUUCGGAAAUUAUUUUCAACUUUGGAAAUUAUUUUCAAGUUCGGAAAUUAUUUUCAACUUUGGAAAUUGUUUUCAAGUAGAGAAAUUAUUUCCAACUUUGGAAAUUAUUUUCAAGUUCGGAAGUUAUUUUCAACUUUGGAAAUUAUUUUCAUGUGCAAAAGUAAUUUUCAAGUUCGGAAAUUAUUUUCAACUUCGGAAGAUUGAAGAUUGAACAACUUUGAAAAUUAUUUUCAAGGGCAAAAGUAAUUUUCAAAAUCGGAAAUUAUAUUCAACUUUGGAAAUUAUUUCCAAGUAGAGAAAUUAUUUUCAACUUCGGAAGUUAUUUUCAACUUUGGAAAUUAUUUUCAAGUGCAAAAGUAAUUUUUUCCAUGGGGAGGAAAUAAAAAAUUUCUUUCGGAAAAAAGAAUUCAAUUGGAACACCUCGACGAGCCUACCUCUGAAAAUCUUUUUGCUCUUAUACAUUAUACCACGUAAUCCCUUUUGUAAAUAAUGAAAUCUAUAUUUCCAUACAAUAAUUGUAUCGAUCGCUUUACAUUCGGAUGAAGCCACCGUGCUGCGUGCAAAAUAAAAAAAAUGAAUACUAUUAUUACAAUAUAAAUAAGUAAUCUCGAUUGUUGCCUAUUCAAGUAGGUUUUGAAAAAUGUAAUUUGCACGUUCGUUUAUUUUUUUAUUUUUUAUGACAAUUGUCCUGUUAAUGUCGACGAAUCAAAUUGAAUUGUACUUUUGACUUGCCAUUGAAAAAUUAUUUUCUCUUGAGUGUUUUUUUUUUUUGAAACAUUGAUAAUUUAAAGAGAGACGAGAAAAGUCAAAAAUUUAAACUGAAUACUUAUUUUAAAAAAAAAGAAAAAACCUUUUUGUUAUAAAGACAAUUUUACAAAAAUAUAUUUUUUAAUUUUGUUAAA